AUGCAUUGUCAGUACAUACCGGUUGGGUUAACACCAUUACAGUAUGAUUUAAUCCAGAUAUUAAACUAUAUUUAUUUAGCAAACAAACAUAGAAACAAUACAAAUGGUGGAACUGAUUCUCUCACCACUACAAAAAAUAAUGUUGAAUUAAGCAACGACCAAUUAAUAAAAAAAACCAGAAAUAUAUUAAACCAUCCAUGUUUAAUCGUAGAACAUUUUAUUCCAAGACAUUUAUUAAUUACUCAGCCAAAAGAACAGUUAUUAUAUUCCAGUGACAAGUUUAGUAAAUUAAAUAAAUUAUUGGAUAUUUUGGUUGAACACAAUUUAAACGAUGACGUCUCUGGAAAUACUCCCACUAAUAUUAAUGGUAUUCAUAAUAUUACACUGCCAACCACACUUACGAAAAACGUUGCCUUGGUCGCGCAUAAUGUCAAAGAAUUAGAUUUAAUUGAAGCUAUUUUGUUGGGCAAACCAAAUUAUGAAAUUGUAAGACUAUCGGGAACUUCAUUGUUUAAUAACAAUGGCUAUGUUAAAGAUACUUGCAAUUACAAGGAAAAUAAUGUUACUAAUACUGCUACUGUCGUUUUCGCUAAUAAUAACGAUAAUAAGAAGAAGAAAAGUAGAAAAGAGAAGAAGAAAAGGAAAGAAAAGGAAAAUGAUAAAAAGAGAAAAGUAUCCGAUAAUAACAAUAUAAAGCCAUCAACUGGCAAAAAACGUAUUAGAAAGUCAGUACAAAAAAGUUAUAGAUUAAAUCAAACACAGGCACAACAAAAAAAAACAACUACUAAAAAAAUAUGUAUAUUUUUAUUGACUUCCACCCAUUUAAAUCAUGUUUCGGAAAAUUUCUUAACUGCUCAAUUUAAUGUCGAUUAUGUUAUAUGUUUUGACUCAUUGGUUGAUCCUAAAAGCACACCCCCUUUAAACCAUUCGUCAUUAACUAUUACUAAAUUAUUAGUAAUAGAUUUCUAUGAUCAUCGAACCCUAUUGAAAUUAAAUAGGAACAAUUGUACCGACGAUAUCAAUGACUUUUCAGAUAUCAACGAAAAUGAUAUUUUCCAAUUUGCUAAUAUAAUGAAACGUUGCUUAGUGGAUGCAACACUAACUGAUGGUAAUACCAGAUAUGGAAGAGACAUUCCAACCGAAGAAACACAUAGCACUAGUACUCUUGAUAUAACACAAUUCUGUAUAUUAAACGAAAUACCAGAAGUCACUCAAAUAGAGAAACAAAAAAAUAUUGACAUUAAUAAUAUUUUAGAAACACUAACGUUCCAUGAUGAUUCUCCUGUACGUCUGUGUGGAAACCUCAAUAAUGCUGAAGUUACCGUUGAUUUUUCCAAUGGGGCAAAUAGUAAUAAAUUGGAUGCUGCAACUACUAUAAAUAACAACGUAGAUUAUGGUGGUCAUGAAUUAAAUAGGACUCUUAAAAAAUUAAUAACUACUAGAUUAGUACAAUGUGAAAAUAAUUAUACUUACACUAAUCAUAACUUGGUACGAUUAUUAGAAGAUGAUGAAACUAAAAGACAAGACAAACUAGACAUUUUGAAACAUGAAAAAUUAAAAAAAAUGUACCAAGAUAAUUGGUUGAAACUUGAACCACAGUUGAAUACUUCUCAAAAUAGAGUGGGAAAGGUUAAAGAUGAUAUGCUUAGGUUGAAAAAAUAUUGGGAAGCCAUUGAAAGCUGUGUUCAAGAACAACAUGCACAAGAUAAGAUAGAUGAAUUGAGUUUAAAGAUAGAAAAAAUUAAAGAUGAAAUAAAAAAUGAAGAUAAUGAGAUCGUAGCUUUAAGGUCACGGUACCAAAAUGAGUCGACAGCUGCCUUAACUACAACAGCAGAAUUGACAUCUUUGGAGAAAAACAUUGAAACUUUAAAACAACAGUGUGAAGGACCCAUAACUAAACUAAGAUCUGAAACGAGCAAACAGAAUAGAUUAUAUCUACAAAAUAAAAUAUCAACACUAACUAGGGAAAAUAAAGGAUUGGAUAAAUACAUAGCACGGUUAAGUGAGGUGUAUUCUAAUAAAAAAAAUGGAUCCUUGUUCAAGUAA